CGCCCUUCAAUUCCUUCGCUUCGCUAGACAUAUUCUGUAUGAAAUUCUUUUAAAAUCGCUUCGAAACUAUCAACUAUUUCUAAUUUUUUCAAUAAUUCCAAGUGUACGUAGAACUAGAAUAUUUUUUUCUCGAAGCAGUUGUGCAAACACGAGACACACGCGUGGGUCCCACGCGCUGUGUACUCGAACUCAGACCAUCGAUGAAACAUCACGGAUACGGGAUGAUCUGGGACUUCAAGAAUUGUGAAACUUAUUUGGACAGCGUCUGCAAAUUCCCUGUUUCAUAAAAUAUCUGUCCGAAAUUUUUUAAAAUUUUGAUUUCAAAUUGCUUUGAAAUGUUAAUCGUAUUCUAUAUGGCAACAAUGGGAUCCUACAUUAUUUCAAUUUAAAUUUGACACCACCAAUUCUUGGCAACACCACUAGAGACUAUAAGUAAGAGACUAAGUAGACUUGCAACACUCUGACAUAUCACCAUUGACAUAUCACAUUAUUAUUCGAGUAUUGCCGCUAGCGUUGUGCCCAUAAGCGUCUGUUUAGACUGUCCUACAAAAUAUCAAAGACAGCGGGGAAGGUUAAAUGCUGCUCCUAUUGACAAUGAUAUGCUUCUAAUCUUGACAUAAACUCAAUUACGUGAGAUCAAAUGGCCGUUUAGAAAUCAUUAAUCUUCCUUAAUUCGAAAUUGAGGCGGGAUUGUCUACGCACGCAUGCCGCCUGUAAAUUAGCAUUAGUUGCGCUUUCAGAUUGCGCAUUUCCCUCGACGUCCCGAGACGGAUAUUAUUUUCGUUUGAGCUGGUACAAAAGAGAUUUUUUUCAUUUCAAGAAUCUGAUUUGAAAACGGAUAACCCUUUCGAAAGCAUUUCAGUUUUCUUUUGGUAAAACUCCAAAUGUCACUACUAGAAUUCCGACGACUCUUGAAAUCUGAGAAGUGCUAAGCUGUCUUCAGAGAGCAUGAAAAAUGAUUUAUGACUAUCUCAAUACGCCAGCCAUGUUUUGUAUCCACGAACCUUGUUUCAUUGUUGUCGAAUUCGAUCGAGUUAAGGCGCGUUGUAAUAUUCAUAUCGCGUGGUCUAAUGGCUCGAAAUUUGUACCUUACAUAAAAAGUGAACCUUCGGCUAUCUAUAAUCCGCCGUAAUAGUAUUUGUAUUAACACUUAAAUUGUCUGUACUAUCCGCUAAAUCCUUUGUUUGAAAAUGCUAAUGGUGGGAUCGUGUGAACGCUUUAAAGAAAUGUUUUCCUGUCGAACGCUUUUAGCUUUCUUGACUUUACAAACGUUUUGUAUCCGUGUGACAUUAUGCCAAAAUAAAAAAGCUCUCUACAAGAACAUUGAGGAUGAUAUUAAGAGGCUGAAGGCAAAUAAAGCGAAGUGUACCAAAGCGGAUUUGAGCAACAUCCUACGAUUAAAAUGCGAGGACAAAUUGGACAAGGCGAUGCUGUGCAUUGGAGAGAAAUUGUUAUCAAAUAAAGACCAGGGAGAAUUAUGGACGCAUCUAGGGGAGAUAUACUAUAGACAAGGAAAGAGAACAAGGGGUAAUAAGUGCUUCAAAGAGGCAGGUAGAAUCGAUGGUGAAUUCACAGGGCAAAUAACCCUGUGGUAUUUCAUUGGACCGUUUCAAAUUGGCAAGGCCGAAAUCGACGGCGACCCGUUGGAAAGUUUCGGAGGAAUUGGGAAAAUAUUGUGUCAAAGAUAUGGGAAAGAUUUCCAGGCCUAUUCAGAACUGGCCCCUCAGGGCAUCGUGAAAUGGAGCACAAUCGAAGCGACGCAAGAUAGGGUUACCGUGGAUCCGAAACUUGAUAACUGGGAUACGCUUGUUUUUCAUCUUGACUCGAGCGCGGUUCUGGAGUGGCAAGGCUGGCUUGUUGGAGAUUUCAGAAUCAAUAGUGAGAUGACUGCGCUAAUACGUUGUGACGGAGUUAGUACAGUGUAUCUUGACGAAACUAUGCUGGCCGGAGAUGUUUAUGUGAAUGUAAAUUAUUGGUAUCCCGUUCAUUUGAAACCUGGUUUCCACUCGGUUCUACUGCGUGCCAGAGAGACAGGAAACAUGAGCUUUUAUUGCAAAUUGAAACCGGCGGAUGAAUCUCCACCAUUCAAUAUUCACCCGGUGAUCACCCCAGACCUGGUCGAUGGUCGCAUUUUCAGCAACCAUGUGUCCAUUCCAGUCACAAACCACCAUCCGUCCAAAUGGCUGACGCUCACCAAAUUGACUGUGGUAUCACAAAAUGGCGGACCGAACGUUGCCUUACAUCUUGACCAAACUCAAACCUUGACCGUUGCUCCCGGUCAGAUUCGUUCAAUCAUUGCCACGCUUACGUUUAAAAGCGUGAAACUGAAGCCAUCCUCGUGUUCUGCGAAAGAUAUCCAGGGAUUACUGCAAUUGAAGUCCAGUGACGGUUCAAAAGUGCAAAACCGCUUCACGAUAAAAUGUCGUUCAAGACACGAGCCAUUCUUGUUUACCUUCAUCGACCACGAUGGCUCCGUGCAGCGGGCUGCGACUAUCUUUCCAAUCGUCGACGAUGAAAGAGUUACAUCACGGACGUAUCCUGUACUCCUAACUCUUCAUGGAACAGGGUCUACAGCCCAGACUCAUGCCGAAGCAUACAAGAGAAAGGAGGGAGGGGAGGAUCGAUGGAUAUUUGGGGUUGAAGGACUGUGGACACUAGCGCCCUCCAGGCACGGUGAUCACAACUGGGAAGGCCCAGGCGAGCUCACAGCUAUGACGUCAUUGCAAAAACUUGCGGAACUCACGCGCGAACAUGAUUGGAUCAACGCGAAGGCUAAUAAUAAGGCGGUCGUGUUUGCUGGUCAUGCCAUGGGUGGUCAUGGAGCUUGGCAACUUUCUUCACAUCAUCCCGACAUCACCCUAGCUGUUGUUUCAAUAGCUGGUUGGAUCAGCAAAGAAAAUUAUAGACAGUGGAAUACGUUCUUCAAGGUUGAUAUCAGCGUCAGCCACACGGACUCCAGUUUAAAACAUGUAUUAGAGACUUGUAAUGCUGAAAAUGAUGUUGGAAAACUUGUGCCUAAUUUAAAGGGUAUUCCAGUCAUGAUCCGCGUCGGAGCAAGGGACGAGAUAGUGCAUCCGUAUUUUUCAAGGCGGAUGUUUCGGCUAUUGAGAGAGCAAAGCAAUAUCGUCACAUAUCACGAAUUGCCGGAUAAGAGUCACUGGUGGUGGGAUACCUACAGCAAGAAUGACGGAGGCGCGGUGAACGAUCGAGAUAUGAGAGAGUUCCUUGUAAAUCACUCCAAGUUCGCCAUCACUAAAACCUCCAGGCCAGCAUGCCCAAGAACUGAACAAGGAAUACCAUGUGAAAACGAGGGGGCUUUGAAAUAUUCUUCACUCCAUGCUCCAGACCGAAAUCUCGCGGGUUCCGGAGAAUUUAUACUUACAUUGUUCAAUCCCGCAAGUUCCAAAGGGGUUCGUGGAGUCAGGGUUUUGCAACAGGCGACCCCGUUUCGAAAAACAACUGUUCGGAUUCAAUUCACGGGGUCUAACGUUACCAUGGUUACAUCAAACGUGAUCAGAUUAAGAUUCACUGAGCCCACAAUCUCCCCAGUUCGCUGGACAGAGAGAGGAGGAGUCUUUGUGGAUGGGAUUCAAAUUUCAGUCGAUAGAAAAAACGGUAAUGUGUUUGACCUCUGCAAAGACGGGAAGAGACAUUGGAGGGUAUGUGAGGUUUCCGGUGAAUGUUUUGAGUCUGAAACACAACGAGGUCCCCUCAAUCAUGGUCCCGCAGGACGUAUUGCUGAACAACCACUGCUUAUCAUUGUUGGAACAUCGAGAAAGAGUCACACAGCUCAGGCGUUACUUCAGAUGGCCGUCUAUAUCGCUAGCACAUAUUACCUCACCUCGCAUGCGACUGUUCCAAUAAUUCGAGCCAAAGAUAUUGUUGACAGCAAUAUUCGUGAUCACAACCUGAUUAUCGUUGGCGAGCUUUCUUUUACUGCUACCUACUUGGAGAGGAUCCCGUUGAGGGUUGACAAGGGCAGUUCGAUUAAUUUAGGCAAUUGUGUCUUUCAAUCGUCAGAUAUGGGUGUACUCUCCCUAGUCCCUCAUUCCAGAUCACGGCUGGCCUUGGUUAUCACAGGUACAUCAUUGUCUGCCAUUCGUAACGUCGUAAGUUUAGCAACGCCCACUGUCCCACCCAUGGUUAGAUCGCCUUUUUCUAACCUCGUACCGGAUUACGUCAUAACCGGCCCCGAUUUUAAGGCACGGGGACCAGGUGGCUACUUGUGUGCAGGUUUCUGGGGCAACAGCUGGGAAUAUCGAAGCGAUAUUUCCUCCUGCGCGUGUUGAAAUAAUACUAACUGAUCUAAAAUGAAAGCUGGAUUAAAUAUGGCUUCCUUUCGCCCAUAACAAAUAUCCUACGGGCUUUUUCACCGCAGUA